AUGCCACGGAGGACUUACAUCACAGCAGAGGAGAAGAUGAUGCCAGGCCAUAAACCCAUGAAGGACUGUCUGACCCUUGCAUUAUGUGCAAAUGCUAGCAGUGAUUGUAAAGUGAAGCCACUGCUAGUUUAUCAUUCGGAAAAUCCUCGAGCCUUCAAGACGCACAAGAUACCGAAAGAAAAAUUGCACAUUAUGUGGCGCGCCAAUGCUAGGGCAUGGGUUACGCGGCAGUUUUUUACUGACUGGGUAAAUCUUGUCUUUGGCCCUGCAGUGAAGAUGUAUCUGCAAGAAAAUAAACUCACGAUGAAAGCAUUGCUCAUCCUUGAUAAUGCUCCAGCCCACCCACUGGUCUUGAAGAUGAUAUUGGAGGAGUUCCAGUUUAUCAAAGUUCUCUACCUCCCACCCAAUACAACUUCAGUCCUACAGCCGAUGGAUCAGCAGGUCAUUUCCAACUUCAAAAAGCUGUACAUGAAGCACUUGUUCCGCCGCUGCUUUGAAGUGACGGAAAACACAAAUCUAACCCUUCGAGAGUUUUGGAAAGAUCACUACAACAUCAAAGAGAUUUCGAAGGGUUUUGAGCCCGAGACCGAGCAAGAAGAGUUGGAGGAGAUUGUAUCUCUUGGAAAGUCGAGGGGUCUGGAGGUAGAUGAGGGUGACGUCAACGAACUCAUCGAAGAACAUGAGGAGGAACUCUCAACUGAGGAGUUGAAGGAGCUGCAGAUGAUGCAACACACGAAGGUUCUGGAAGAGAUUAACACGAGUGAGGAGGAGGAAGAGCCGGAGGAAGUGAUUUCUACAGGUGAAAUUAAAGACAUGCUGGCAAUGUGGGAAAAGCUGUCAAAUUUCAUUGAAAGAAACACCCAGAAAAAAAGUGGCAACUGGUCGUGCUUCAGCGCUUUUUAA